AUGAAACUUUUCGUCGCUGUUGUCGCUUUGGUAGCCGUGGCUGUUGCCAGCCCGGCCCACAGACCCGGUGCCUCCGACGAGGCUCAGCUGGCCGCCAUUAUCGCUGCCGUCCAGAGCCCAACCACUGACCCCGCUACCGCCGCUCUCCUGCAACAGCAGCUGAAGGAACUGUUUGGAAUCGAAUCCGUCGUUGUCGGACCCCCCGUCAUUGAGGAGCCUUCCUCACCCGUCGGAGUUCCCCCUGCACCCAUCGUCGUUGGACCCGGUGUCAUCGAAUUCCCCGAGCUCUCCCCUGCUCCUGAACCCAUCGUCGUCCUUCCUCCCGUCAUCGUCGGCCCACCAGUCGUCAACCCUCCCGUCAGCCCACCCGUUGUCAACCCCCCCGUUGUUGAGCUUCCCAUCGUCAACCCUCCCGUCGUCGUCCUCCCCCCCGUCGUUGAGCCUCCCGUAGUCGUCCUUCCCCCCACCCCUGAACUUACCCCUGAAGCCCAGCCUGAAUCCAGCAGCGCUCCCCUCGUUCAAAUCAUCUUGAACAUCAACCAGGCUCAGUCUGGCUCUGCCGUCGGUGAGCCCGUCCAGAUCAUCGACAUCCCCUCUCUGCUUCCCUCCCCCGUCAUCACCCUCCCCGCUGAACUUCACUAA